AUGAAAGCUACUCUGUAUCUGGAUGAUGGCUCUACCUUCGCUGGUCAGUUGUUCGGAGCAACUAAGAGCGUAGUUGGUGAAAUAGUUUUCCAAACUGGAAUGGUCGGAUAUAUUGAAUCGCUCAGCGAUCCUAGUUACGCUAACCAACUCCUUACCCUAACAUAUCCAUUAGUUGGUAAUUAUGGAGUGCCGAAUCACGAAUUAGUUGACUCUUUCGGAUUACCGGCUCAUUUUGAAUCUGAUCGUGUUUGGCCUGCUGCACUAGUUGUUGAUAGACUUUGCCCAGAAGGAGAGCAUAGCCACGCUGAAGCCGUGGAAUCCCUUAAUCAAUGGCUUAGUCGCUCUGGAGUACCUGGAAUUUCGGGCAUUGAUAUUCGCAUGUUGACUAAAAAAAUAAGAGAACAGGGAACAAUGAAAGCUAAACUUGUUAUUGAAAGUGAUGACCCUUUGAAGUAUGAAUUCAGAGAUAUUAAUCAAGAUAAUCUUGUAGCUCAUGUAUCUCGUCCGAUAAUCAGCCAGUUUGGAAAUGGACCUCUUACUAUUAUUGCUGUUGAUUGUGGUCUUAAAAACAAUCAAAUUCGUUGUUUGGCUAAGCGUGGAGUUACAGUCAAAGUAGUACCCUGGGAUCAUCCAAUUGAUACUGAGAAAGAUUACGAUGGUCUCUUCAUUUCCAAUGGUCCUGGUGAUCCAGAAGUUUGUUCUUCUCUGGUAGAUAAGAUCGCUAAGAUUGUGAAGACUACCGAGAAGCCUAUUUUUGGUAUUUGCCUUGGUCAUCAGUUGUUGGCUCGUUCUACAGGAGCAAACACUUAUAAAUUAAGAUAUGGUAAUCGUGGUCAUAAUCAACCCUGUACUCACGAAGGAACUGGGAGGUGUUUCAUUACAUCUCAGAAUCAUGGCUUUGCCGUUGAUCCUCUCAGUUUACCGGAAGACUGGAGACCUUUGUUCACUAAUGAAAAUGAUAAAACGAACGAAGGAAUUGUUCAUAGAACUAAGCCAUUUUUCAGUGUGCAAUUCCAUCCUGAACAUACUGCCGGUCCCACCGACUGCGAGUUUUUGUUCGACAUAUUCGUGGAAGCAGUCCAAAAAACAGCUAAAAAAGAGAAAGUCAGUGUUGAUAAGAUGAUCCACGAACAUUUAUUGUUUGAUAGCAAAUAUUCCGUAAAAGAACAGAAGAAAGUUCUAAUUUUGGGUUCUGGAGGUUUAACUAUUGGACAGGCUGGAGAGUUCGAUUACUCUGGUGCUCAGGCUUUGAAAGCUUUGAAAGAAGAGGGUAUUCGCACUGUGCUCAUUAACCCAAACGUUGCGACAGUUCAAACUUCCAAAGGUUUCGCGGACUACACUUACUUCCUUCCCAUAACUAAAGAAUAUGUCACAGACGUUAUAAAGAAAGAAAAACCGACUGGAAUUUUAUGUACUUUCGGUGGACAAACUGCUCUCAACUGUGCCAUAGAUCUCUACAAAGAUGGUGUAUUCGAAGAGCAUAAUGUACAGGUUCUAGGAACAUCGAUCCAAACUAUUAUGAAUACGGAAGAUCGAGAAAGAUUCAAUUUUGAAAUUAAUACCAUCGGAGAGAAGGUUGCACCUAGUCAGGCGGCUACCACAUUAGAAAUGGCCAUUGAAGCAGCAGAGAAUAUAGGCUACCCUGUCUUAGUCAGAGCAGCUUUUGCUCUUGGGGGUUUGGGUUCUGGAUUUGCUAAUAAUCGGGCUGAGCUUAUUAAUAUUGCUCAGCAAGCAUUGGCUCAUUCUGAUCAAGUUCUCAUUGAUAAAAGUUUGAAAGGCUGGAAAGAGGUUGAAUAUGAAGUAGUUAGGGAUGCUUACGACAACUGCAUAACUGUAUGUAACAUGGAAAAUGUUGAUCCUCUCGGAAUUCAUACUGGUGAAUCUGUAGUUGUUGCUCCUUCUCAAACACUCAAUGACAAUGAGUACAAUGCACUUCGUACAUGUGCGAUUAAAGUUAUUCGGCAUUUGGGUAUAAUCGGAGAAUGUAAUAUCCAGUAUGCUCUGAAUCCUGACAAACUCGAAUUUUACAUUAUCGAAGUUAAUGCUCGUCUGUCUCGAUCGUCUGCCUUAGCUUCCAAAGCUACAGGCUAUCCGCUAGCUUACGUGGCUGCAAAGUUAGCUCUGGGCCAGAAGCUGCCUGUUAUCCGAAACAGUGUCACUGGAGUAACAACAGCUUGCUUCGAACCGAGUUUAGAUUACUGUGUGGUUAAAAUUCCAAGAUGGGAUUUGAGUAAAUUUGCUCGCGUAAGCACACAGAUUGGUAGCUCAAUGAAAUCCGUUGGAGAAGUUAUGGGAAUCGGACGGUCAUUCGAAGAGGCUUUCCAAAAGGCUCUGCGUAUGGUCAGUGAUCGCGCCGACGGUUUUUCUCCUAGUACCUUCCAUAGACGUCCUGUUGAUGAUGAUUUGGAGAAUCCUACAGAUCGUCGCAUGUUUGCCAUCGCUCGAGGACUCUUCUAUGGGGACUUUGAUGUUGAGCGUGUUUUUCAACUAACUUCUAUUGAUAGAUGGUUCUUGUACCGUAUGAGGAAUAUAAUUGAUAUUCAUCAUCGAUUGGAGAAAGAAUCUAUUCACACUCUUCACAGGCCUUUAUUAUUGGAAGCGAAGCAAGCCGGCUUCUCUGAUAAACAGAUUGCAAAUCGAGUAAACAGUACUGAAUGGUCUGUGAAAGAAUUGAGAAGCAGAGAAAAAGUAUUGCCUUGCGUUAAGCAAAUCGAUACAGUCGCUGGAGAGUGGCCAGCCCAAACCAAUUACUUGUAUUUAUCAUAUAAUGGCGAAGAAAACGAUGUCUCAUUCAACUUAAAAAAUGGAGUAAUUGUACUCGGAUCUGGAGUUUACCGAAUCGGUUCAUCUGUAGAAUUUGACUCUUCUUGUGUGGGAUGUUUGAGAGAACUCAAAGCGUUAGGAUAUUCUACAAUCACUAUCAACUGCAAUCCUGAAACAGUGUCUACUGAUUAUGAUAUGUGUGAUAGAUUAUACUUUGAAGAGAUAUCCUUCGAAACAGUAAUGGAUGUUUAUCAACAAGAAAAGCCCAAAGGAGUUAUUUUAGCUUUCGGAGGCCAAGCUCCGAACAAUAUAGCUAUGAGUUUGAGCAGAGCACAAAUCAAUAUUUUCGGAACGUCUCCAGAUGAUAUAGAUAAUGCUGAAGACAGAUUCAAAUUCUCGCGUAUCUUGGAGGGGCUUCGUAUAAGCCAACCUCAGUGGAAAAAUACUGAGAACAUAGAAGAUGCUAAAAAAUUCUGCGCCAAUGUUGGCUACCCAUGCCUUAUAAGACCUUCCUACGUUUUAUCAGGAGCAGCGAUGAAUGUAGCCCACAAUGAAGUUGACUUAGCCACUUUCCUGAAACAAGCUGCUGUUGUUGCUAAAGAACAUCCUGUUGUUGUUUCCAAGUUCAUAAGUGAAGCGAAAGAAAUUGAUGUCGAUGCUGUUGCGAUGGACGGCAAAGUUUUGGUUAUGGCUGUCAGUGAACACGUUGAAAACGCUGGAAUUCAUUCUGGAGAUGCGACUUUGGUAACUCCUCCUCAAGAUAUGAAUCAGGUUACCCUACAAGGUAUCAAAGAGAUAACUUUCCGAAUCGCCGAGGCUUUCAGUGUUAACGGUCCGUUCAAUAUGCAGUUGAUUGCCAAAGAUAAUGAACUAAAAGUAAUCGAAUGUAAUCUACGAGUGUCUAGAUCAUUCCCCUUUGUGUCGAAAACUCUCGAUUUUGAUUUCGUUGCCCUUGCUACCCGUGCCAUGAUGUCAGCAGAAAAUCCUUUGCUGAAAGCCAGUAUAAAAUCACAUCCAGUUCUGCGAGGCAAAGGCCGAGUUGGAGUAAAAGUGCCACAGUUCUCAUUCUCUCGUCUCGCGGGAGCUGAUGUUAUGUUAGGUGUUGAGAUGGCUUCUACUGGUGAGGUUGCUUGCUUUGGUACGAACAGACAAGAAGCGUAUCUCAAAGCACUUUUGUCUACUGGUUUCGUUGUGCCCAAGAAAACUAUCUUCAUUUCUAUUGGAGGCUACCACGCCAAAGCUGAAAUGUUGAGUAGCAUUAAAGUUUUAGACAAACUAGGGUUCGAACUAUAUGGAUCUAAAGGAACUGCUGAUUAUUUCGUGUCUUGUGGAGUGAAUGUCAAGGCUGUGGAUUGGCCAUUCGAAGAAGGAUCAAGUGAUGAGAAGACUAGUGCAGGAUCAAAGUCUGUAGCAGAGUUCUUUGAAUCGAAGGAAUUCCAUCUUGUAAUCAACUUACCUAUCCGUGGAUCAGGAGCUUAUCGAGUUUCUGCUUUUAGAACGCAUGGUUAUAAAACCAGAAGAAUGGCUGUAGACAAUGGUAUACCACUCAUUACUGAUAUAAAGUGUGCUAAAAUGUUUAUCCAGGCUCUGCACAUGGUUGGUCGUAGACCUGCUUUGAAUGGUCAGAUUGAUUGCAUUGCUGGAAGAUCUUUGAAACGUUUACCUGGAUUGAUUGAUGUACAUGUUCAUGUUCGAGAGCCUGGUGCUACUCAUAAGGAAGACUGGGUAACCUGCACAAAAGCUGCUCUCUGUGGAGGGGUUACUCAAAUUCUAGCUAUGCCAAACACAAAUCCUUCAUUGGUAGAUAGUGAGACCUACUUGUUGACUGACAAAUUAGCUGCGGCCGGAGCAGUUGUAGAUUAUGCAUUAUAUGUUGGAGGUACUCCUAACAAUAGUCGAGCAGCAGCUGAAUUAGCUUCUAAAUGCGCUGGUUUGAAAAUGUAUUUGAAUGAAACAUUUAGCACCCUCAAAAUGGAGUCUGUUUUUGACUGGAUGAAGCAUUUGGAAGCGUUCCCUUCUUCUCGACCAGUCGUUUGCCACGCUGAGAAACAAACUCUUGCUUCUGUUUUAUGGGCUGCUCAAAUGGCAAAUCGUGCAGUUCACAUUUGCCAUGUAGCCACAGCCGAAGAAAUACAUAUCAUCAAGCUCGCCAAAGAAAAAGGUUGUCCUGUUACAUGUGAAGUAGCUCCACAUCAUUUGUUCCUAACUUUGGAUGAAUUGCCAGAUGGUAUCCGCGAAGUCAGACCUCGGCUAGCGUCCGAAAGAGACCGCGAAGCUCUCUGGGAUAAUCUAGAUGUCAUAGAUUGUUUCGCUACAGAUCAUGCUCCUCACACUUGGAGCGAGAAAACAUCAGAAAAAGUCCCACCUGGUUUCCCUGGUGUUGAAUACAUGCUGCCACUUCUCUUAACUGCUGUUGCACAUGGCAAACUUACAUUGAAACAAUUGCUAGACCGUUUGUAUUACAAUCCCAAGAAGAUUUUCAAACUGCCAGAACAGCUUGAUACUUACAUUGAAGUUGAUAUGAACUGCGAAUGGACUAUUCCCAAACAUGGUGGUCAGAGUAAAGCCGGAUGGACUCCUUUUGAAGGGAGAGCCGUGAAGGGAAAAGUAGUCAACGUUGUCAUUCGUGGAGUAGACGCAUUGGUGGAUGGAGAGAUAGCAGUGAAUCCAGGCUUCGGAUUGAAUCUGCGUACUGCUUUAGAUGGACAAAAGUUCUCUCAAGUUGACGUUGAAGAAGCAGAAGUUCUCACCGAUAUUCGAGAGAACAAUGAAAUGAUAGCAAGUGUGAGCAGCACCAGCUCAUCUUUGGGAACUCCUCCACGUGCUCUCUCACCUGAGAUUUCAAUGACUUCGCUGGCUGGCAUGCAUUUUAUUUCUGUUACAGAUUUCACCAAACCUAUGCUCAAUCGCAUAUUCGAGGUAGCCGAUCGAUACAAAACAGAUGUAGAAAAACAUCACUCGUUGACUCAUAUUCUUCAGGGAUAUAUUAUGGCAUCACUGUUUUAUGAAGUAUCAACUAGAACAUCUUGUUCGUUCGCUGCAGCCAUGCAAAGGUUGGGAGGAAGUGUCAUUUCAAUUGAUAGUGCUUCCUCUUCAAUUCAAAAAGGAGAGUCUUUGGAAGAUACUGUUACAAUUAUGGGAAAUUAUGCUGAUGUUGUUGUUCUCCGUCAUACUGAACAAGGCGCAGCUAAUAGGGCGUCUGCUGUUUGUCGACAACCUUUAAUUAAUGCUGGUGACGGAACAGGCGAACAUCCUUCUCAGGCCCUGUUGGAUAUUUUCACUAUUCGUCAAGAAAUAGGAACAGUUCAUGGUAUAACCAUAGCCUUGGUUGGAGAUUUAAAGAACGGUCGAACUGUUCAUUCAUUGGCCAAGCUCCUCUGUGUUUAUAAGAAUAUCACUAUACACUAUGUCAGCCCUAAUAAGGAUUUGUCAAUGCCUGAAGAAAUUAAAGAGUAUGUCAGAACACACAGCAGCUUUGUCCAGCGAGACUUCUUUGAUCUGGCCGAAGGAAUCAAUCACGUUGAUGUCGUUUAUGUAACCAGAAUACAGAAGGAGCGGUUUGCUAGUGAAAACGAAUACAACAAUGUUCGUGGUAGCUACGUAUUGACUCCGAAAAUUCUAAAUGAAGCUGCUCUUGAUCAAGAAUUUGGAAACAUUUUAGGACCCGCACAGAGAUCUAAACCUAUCGUUAUGCAUCCUUUACCACGUGUUGAUGAAAUCAGCAGCGAUCUUGAUCAUGAUGAUAGAGCUGCUUACUUCCGGCAAGCCAAAAAUGGAAUGUAUGUGCGAAUGGCUAUAUUAGCUUUAACUUUGGGACGUGCUUGA